AUGCCACGCAGUGAUAUUGACGAAAUUCUAGUUAAAACAUUGCAUAAGUUUAAGAAUAUUUUAAUUCAGCAAAUAUAUUACCAAUUGCCAUUAAAUUUUACUAAAAUGAGAAGAAAGGUAUAUAAAUGUAGAUUUCAUGGUAAGUCUGCAUAUUCAACUUUGACACAAAUUUUGGAAAAUUCCAAAUGGGGUCAAAAAUGUUAUGAUCAAAAUUAA